AUAUAUAGAAUUAGUUAAAACAUUUACAUCCUUCCUCCGUACUUUCUCUUCUAAAUUCAUGAAUCAUCAUCAUCUUCAGCCAUCGUAUCUCCUACUCUUUCUCCUCCUCCUCUUAACCAUCUUCCGCCCCUCCCAUGGCGAAGUUGGCACCUCCGCUCAGUACGGCCCACCAUUCUUACCAACCGCGUGUUACGGGUAUGAUCCGGGGCAGUUUCCGUCGAGCAAUCUGUUUGCGGCAGUAGGGGACGGGAUAUGGGACAACGGAGCGGCUUGCGGGCGGCAGUAUUUGGUGAAAUGUAUAAGUGCUGCUGAGCCGGGGACUUGUGUUCCGGAUCAGGUGAUUCAAGUAAGAAUAGUGGACUUUGCUCUCACGGCGGCUUCUCCGCCGUCGUAUGCCGGCACCACCAUGGUUUUAUCCGACACUGCCUUUGGAACCAUCGCUAAUUCCACCGCUCUCUCUAUUAACAUCGAAUUCCAGCAGAUUUGAUAAACCAUAAAUGAUAAGAGAAGACUUUGUCCGCCUACUUGGAUACAGUGUACGUAUAAUUCUUUUGGAUUUAUAUUUGACAAAAAAGGAUGUAUGAGAGUUGUCCAAAUUUGAAGGGUUAUUUGAUAUAUGGUAUUUCUUGAUUUGUUCCUAAUAAUAUAUAAACAAUUUGAUCUCAAA